GAUAACUGAUAACUGAAAACUGAUAACUGAGAACUGAAAGUGUAUAGAAAGUGCAAGUGUAUAUCGAAAUUCCGAGUACCACCUAUAAGAAAAGAUAAUUGCGAGACGUUUUAAACAUUGUGUGGAACCCUCGAAGAGAAAAACGAAAGUGAUGUUAUAUGUACUUGAGAGUUACAAGUGAAUAUAAAAGAACAUUUGAGCAGAAAGAAAUAAAUUUAAUUAAAAUUUGAGUGCUAAAAUAAAGUAAGGACUUAAAAAACAAAAACAAAGGACAGAAGACAGAAGACGGCGCUCGAGUAUUUCAUAAACCAUAUCAAUUACAGUUGACACAGCUCGAGACCACUUCAAGCAAUUACAAGCAAAGGCUGCGACUGCGUCUGCUUCUGCGUCUGCUUCUGCGUCUGCGUGUGCGUAUGCGUUUAGCACUGGCAAACGCGAAACAAUGAGAAUCAUUUUACGUAGCAUACGUCGCGGGAAUUUAGCGACUUCCUCGACGAGCCAACGCCCCCGCAAAAUGAAUUGUUCCAUUUUGAUUGUAAUUAGCCUGGGCUGGUUGCUACACGCGCAUUGCUAUGCCGAUGCUGCCAUUUCGAAUCGAGGUAACAAUGCCGCUCAGCCCCUUGCGGCCUCGUCCACCUCAUUGACGGCGGCGCAGCCGCGUUUCCUGUCACGCGGACACACCUAUCGCGCCGUGGUGGGCGACACACUCGUGCUGCCCUGUCAGGUCGAAAAUCUGGGCAAUUUCGUGUUGUUGUGGCGCCGCGGCACAAAUGUGCUCACCGCCUCGAACAUUAUGGUGACACGGGAUGAGCGCGUGAGACUGAUAGAUGGCUACAAUCUGGAGAUAUCCGAUUUGGAGCCGCAAGACGCCGGCGACUACGUGUGCCAAAUCAGUGACAAAAUCAAUCGUGAUCAAGUGCAUACGGUGGAAAUAUUGGUGCCUCCCAGCGUGCGUGCCAUACCCACGUCUGGCCAAUUGCAGGCACGCAAAGGCGGACCCAUUACGCUGGAGUGCAAGGGCUCGGGUAAUCCGGUGCCAUCCAUUUACUGGACCAAAAAGAGCGGCACGGGUAAAUCGCCAGCCAGAAUCGGCGAUGGACCUAUUCUCACACUGGACAAAUUGGAGCGCCAGCAGGCGGGCGUCUAUCAAUGCACCGCCGACAAUGGAGUCGGUGACCCAGUCACAGUCGAUAUGCGCCUCGAUGUUCUAUACCCACCCGAUAUUCAGGUGGAGAAAUCCUGGAUACAUUCUGGCGAGGGAUUCGAGGCGAAACUCGUUUGCAUUGUUUACGCCGAUCCAGUUGCUACGGUCUCCUGGUAUCAAAACUCAUUUCCCAUACAAACAACUGAUCGAAGGAUUAUGAAUACACGAGCCAAUCGACACACUCUGACCAUCAGACACAUCCAGCAGGAGGACUUCGGCAACUACAGCUGCGUUGCUGACAACUCUUUGGGGCGCUCGCGCAAAUACAUGGAGCUGUCGGGACGGCCGGGCCCGGCUGAGUUUUAUUCCCCCAAGUGGGGUCGCUCCUCGGACAGCUACAACUUGACAUGGAAAAUAGACAGUUAUCCGCCGCUCGAGGAGGUGCGUCUGCUCUAUAGACGUGUGCUGAUGAACGACACUUUCCAGCAGCCAGGCAGAUGGCACGAUUUUAUACUGACACCCGAGCAUCGUCCAGCCUCCGAGCCGCUAACUCACAUCAUGUCGUACACUAUUAAGCACUUGCAUCCUGGCGCCUAUUACGAAGCAAUUGUUCAAGCUAAAAAUCGAUAUGGCUGGAAUGAGGUCAGCGAUAUAUUCCAAUUUAUUGUCGCCAGCAACAGCAUGGAUAUUGCGCCCGAGGAUGCCGAGGUCGUGGCCAGUUCCAAGUCGAGAAGCAACAGCGGCGCUCUGAGCAGUCUACAGAAUGCUUUGCCCCACUGUCUGCUGCUGCGUGGCGCUUUGCUGCUCGUCUUCGGCUUACGGAACAGUCAGUUCGACAGACUGCGAUUGGGCUUGGGGUAAGCAUGGACCUUCCACAGACACUGCAUUGACUAAAGCUUGCAUGCAUAUAAACGUUACAUUGUAUUCAUUUGCUAACUACGAUAGGGUAGUAUAUGAAGGCUAACACUACACAGUCCAACAGAAUUUGGUAAACAGGAAUCAGACUUUAUGACUUUUUAAUAACUUAAAUAGGCAUCUAAUGCUGGAAUAGCUCACUAAAUUUGAGUUGUUCAGAAUUCCCAGCUUUGGAGAGAUCUGACCUGAAUAGACCUAAAUAUAUCUUUAAAGUUUCUGAAAGUAAAAUGCCCUUUAAAUGUUUAUAUCAUAUUUUUAUCACUGAGACAUCAUUUGCUGCAAUAGAUUUGAAGACAAAGAGGCCAAGGGAGAGGGAUACGGGCAGAGUUGGUAUAGAGCAAGUGAUCCUUAGCAUCUAGAAAUCAUUUAUGACAGAUCCUCAAAUUACUAUUAAACAAGUAUAUCUCAAUGUAUUUAGCUUUCAAAUACAAAAUAUUAGCUCAGUUUGAUUCUUGGUGUCCUCGAUUUUGUUGGCCUGUGUAAGACGCGUUCCAGUUGCUGCAAUAGUUUUUCAGCUUAAGUAAAGCACUUUUAAUUAAAUUUUGUCAAUGAAUAAAUUAUUUUUUGCGUUGCCUAGAAAACAAACCAAAGAGAUAGCCCUAUGAGUUUUUGUGAAAAUAUAUGUAAAAAUUAUGCAAAAAACAACUAAACAACAUCCAAUGUAAAUAAUUUAUCAAGCAUUUUGUCAGCGAUUUAAUUAGCAAAAACCAAAAACCAAAAAAAAAAAC